CCUCUGUAUUCCCAGGACUGUCCAGAGGAGAAGGUCCCAGAGAAUCCUCAGAUGACAAAUCAGGGUGAAGAUCUGACUGAUAUUAAAGUGGAGGAUGAAGAAGAGAGGAUGAUGGGAGAUCCCCCGUGUAAAAAUGAGGUGGAGGAGGACAUUCUAGGAGAUGUCACCACAGAGAAUUCCAGUAAAAUUAUUAAGGACAAAGCUAUAUUAUCACUAAAUUAUAAAGAAGAAGCUGAAGAUGUCCUGCAGCGCUCCUCGGGAGAAAACCUCAUUACACUUAAUGUACACCCAGGACUUCAAAGUACACUUCCAUUAUAUAAUCCCCCUAAUCAUGAGGAACCUUCUCUUGACCAAUUACAGAUUGUUGCAAAAAAUACAGGUCAGAAAGGGGAUAAAAGGCUUCAGGGUAGUGAAGAUUCUACAGAACAAUCAAGACUUUCUACACACAAAAGAAUUUACUCAGAAGAGCAGCCAUACUCUUGUUUAGAAUGUGGGAAAUGCUUUACAAGUAAAUCAGAUUUAGUUAAACAUGAAAACAUUCACACAGAAGAGAAGCCAUAUUCAUGUUCAGAAUGUGGGAAAUAUUUUACAGAUAAAUCCAGUCUUGUUAGACAUAAAAGAAUUCACACAGGAGAGAAGCCACAUUCAUGUUCAGAAUGUGGGAAAUGUUUUACAUAUAAAUCAGUUCUUGUUAAACAUGAGAGAAUUCACACAGGAGAGAAACUAUAUUCAUGUUCAGAAUGUGGGAAAUGUUUUACAUAUAAAUCAGUUCUUGUUAAACAUGAGAAAAUUCACACAGAAGAGAAGCCAUAUUCAUGUUCAGAAUGUGGGAAAUGUUUUAAAGAUAAAUCCAGUCUUGUUAGACAUGAAAGAAUUCACACAGGAGAGAAGCCAUAUUCAUGUUCAGAGUGUGGAAAAUGUUUUGGACAGAAAUCAUCUCUUGUUACACAUGAGAGAAGUCACACAGGAGAGAAGUCAUAUUCAUGUUCAGAAUGUGGGAAAUGUUUUACAAAUAAAACAAAUCUUGUUAUACAUAGGAGAAGUCACACAGGAGAGAAACCAUAUUCAUGUUCAGAAUGUGAGAACUGUUUUACAUAUAAAUCAGAUCUUGUUAAACAUGGGAGAAUUCACACAGGAGAGAAGCCAUAUUCAUGUUUAGAAUGUGGGAAAUGUUUUAGAAAGAGAUCACAUCUUGUUGUACAUGAAAGAAAUCACACAGGAGAGAAGCCAUAUUCAUGUUCAAUAUGUGGGAAAUGUUUUACACAAAAAUCAAAUCUUGUGGAACAUGACAGAAUUCACACAGGAGAGAAACCAUAUGCAUGUUUAGAAUGUGGGAAAUGUUUUAGAAUGAGAUCAUAUCUUGUUCUACAUGAGAGAAUUCACACAGGUGCAAAGCCAUAUUCAUGUUCAGAAUGUGAGAAAUGUUUCACAAAUAAUUCCAGUCUUGUUAAACAUAAGAGAAUUCACACCGGAGAGAAGCCUUAUUCAUGUCCUGAAUGUGGGAAAUGCUUUACAAGUAAAUCAGAUUUAGUUAAACACGAGAAAAUUCACACAGAAGAGAAUCCAUAUUCAUGUUCAGAAUGUGGGAAAUGUUUUGCAGAUAAAUCCAGUCUUGUUAGACAUGAAAGAAUUCACACAGGAGAGAAGCCACAUUCAUGUUCAGAAUGUGGGCAAUGUUUUACAUAUAAAUCAGUUCUUGUUAAACAUAAGAGAAUUCACACAGGAGAGAAACUAUAUUCAUGUUCAGAAUGUGGGAAAUGUUUUACAUAUAAAUCAGUUCUUGUUAAACAUGAGAGAAUUCACACAGAAGAGAAGCCAUAUUCAUGUUUAGAAUGUGGGAAAUGUUUUACAUAUAAAUCAGUUCUUGUUAAACAUGAGAGAAUUCACACAGGAGAGAAGCCGUAUUCAUGUUCAGAGUGUGGAAAAUGUUUUAGACAGAAAUCAUCUCUUGUUAUACAUGAGAGAAGUCACACAGGAGAGAAGCCAUAUUCAUGUUCAGAAUGUGGGAAAUGUUUUACAAAAAAAUCGAGUCUUGUUCAACAUAAGAGAAUUCACACAGGAGAGAAACCUUAUUCGUGUUCAGAAUGUGGUAAAUGUUUUACAGAUAAAUCAAAUCUUGUUAGACAUAGGACUAGUCACACAGGAGAGAAGCCAUAUUCAUGUUCAGAAUGUGGGAAAUGUUUUACACAAAAAACAGAUCUUGAUAGACAUGAGAGAAGUCACACAGGAGAGAAGCCAUAUUCAUGUUCAGAAUGUGGGAAAUGUUUUACAAAGAGACAAUAUCUUGUUACACAUGAGAGAAGUCACACAGGAGAGAAGCCAUAUUCCUGUUCAGAAUGUGGGAAAUGUUUUACAAAAACAUCAUAUCUUAUUCAGCAUAAGAGAAUUCACACAGGAGAGAAACCAUAUUCGUGUUCAGAAUGUGGGAAAUGUUUUACAGAUAAAUCAAAUCUUGUUAGACAUAGGACUAGUCACACAGGAGAGAAGCCAUAUUCAUGUUCAGAAUGUGGGAAAUGUUUUACACAAAAAACAGAUCUUGAUAGACAUGAGAGAAGUCACACAGGAGAGAAGCCAUAUUCAUGUUCAGAAUGUGGGAAAUGUUUUACAAAGAGACAAUAUCUUGUUACACAUGAGAGAAGUCACACAGGAGAGAAGCCAUAUUCCUGUUCAGAAUGUGGGAAAUGUUUUACAAAAACAUCAUAUCUUAUUCAGCAUAAGAGAAUUCACACAGGAGAGAAACCAUAUUCGUGUUCAGAAUGUGGGAAAUGUUUUACAGAUAAAUCAAAUCUUGUUAGACAUAGGACUAGUCACACAGGAGAGAAGCCAUAUUCAUGUUCAGAAUGUGGGAAAUGUUUUACACAAAAAACAGAUCUUGUUAUACAUGAGAGAAGUCACACAGGAGAGAAGCCAUAUUCAUGUUCAGAAUGUGGGAAAUGUUUUACAAAGAGAUCAUAUCUUGUUACACAUGAGAGAAGUCACACAGGAGAGAAGCCAUAUUCAUGUUCAGAAUGUGGGAAAUGUUUUACAAAGAGACAAUAUCUUGUUACACAUGAGAGAAGUCACACAGGAGAGAAGCCAUAUUCCUGUUCAGAAUGUGGGAAAUGUUUUACAAAUAGACAAUAUCUUGUUACACAUGAGAGAAGUCACACAGGAGAGAACCCAUAUUCAUGUUCAGAAUGUGGGAAAUGUUUUACAAAAACAUCAAAUCUUAUUCAGCAUAAGAGAAUUCACACAGGAGAGAAACCAUAUUCGUGUUCAGAAUGUGGGAAAUGUUUUACAGAUAAAUCAAAUCUUGUUAGACAUAGGACUAGUCACACAGGAGAGAAGCCAUAUUCAUGUUCAGAAUGUGGGAAAUGUUUUACACAAAAAACAGAUCUUGUUACACAUGAGAGAAGUCACACAGGAGAGAAGCCAUAUUCAUGUUCAGAAUGUGGGAAAUGUUUUACAAAGAGAUCAUAUCUUGUUACACAUGAGAGAAGUCACACAGGAGAGAAGCCAUAUUCAUGUUCAGAAUGUGAGAAAUGUUUUACAAAGAGAUCAUAUCUUGUUACACAUGAGAGAAGUCACACAGGAGAGAAGCCAUAUUCAUGUUCAGAAUAAUGUGGGAAAUGUUUUACAAAAACAUCAUAUCUUAUUCAACAUAAGAGAAUUCACACAGGAGAGAAACCAUAUUCGUGUUCAGAAUGUGGUAAAUGUUUUACAGAUAAAUCAAAUCUUGUUAGACAUAGGACUAGUCACACAGGAGAGAAGCCAUAUUCAUGUUCAGAAUGUGGGAAAUGUUUUACAAAAAAAACAGAUCUUGUUAUACAUGAGAGAAGUCACACAGGAGAGAAGCCAUAUUCAUGUUCAGAAUGUGGGAAAUGUUUUACAAAGAAAACAGAUCUUGUUAUACAUGAGAGAAGUCACACAGGAGAGAAGCCAUAUUCAUGUUCAGAAUGUGGGAAAUGUUUUACAAAUAGACAAUAUCUUGUUACACAUGAGAGAAGUCACACAGGAGAGAAGCCAUAUUCCUGUUCAGAAUGUGGGAAAUGUUUUACAAAAAAAUCACAUCUUAUUCAGCAUAAGAGAAUUCACACAGGAGAGAAACCAUAUUCGUGCUCAGAAUGUGGUAAAUGUUUUACAGAUAAAUCAAAUCUUGUUAGACAUAGGACUAGUCACACAGGAGAGAAGCCAUAUUUAUGUUCAGAAUGUGGGAAAUGUUUUACCAAAAAAACAGAUCUUGUUAUACAUGAGAGAAAUCACACAGGAGAGAAGCCAUAUUCAUGUUCAGAAUGUGGGAAAUGUUUUACAAAGAGACAAUAUCUUGUUACACAUGAGAGAAGUCACACAGGAGAGAAGCCAUAUUCCUGUUCAGAAUGUGGGAAAUGUUUUACAAAAAAUUCAUAUCUUAUUCAGCAUAAGAGAAUUCACACAGGAGAGAAACCAUAUUCGUGUACAGAAUGUGGGAAAUGUUUUACAGAUAAAUCAAAUCUUGUUAGACAUAGGACUAGUCACACAGGAGAGAAGCCAUAUUCAUGUUCAGAAUGUGGGAAAUGUUUUACACAAAAAGCAGAUCUCGUUAUACAUGAGAGAAGUCACACAGGAGAGAAGCCAUAUUCAUGUUCAGAAUGUGGGAAAUGUUUUACAAAGAGAUUCCAUCUUGUUACACAUGAGAGAAGUCACACAGGAGAGAAGCCAUAUUCAUGUUCAGAAUGUGGGAAAUGUUUUACAAAGAGAUCAUAUCUUGUUACACAUGAGAGAAAUCACACAGGAGAGAAGCCAUAUUCAUGUUCAGAAUGUGGGAAAUGUUUUACAAAGAGAUCAUAUCUUGUUACACAUGAGAGAAGUCACACAGGAGAGAAGCCAUAUUCCUGUUCAGAAUGUGGGAAAUGUUUUACAAAUAGACAAUAUCUUGUUACACAUGAGAGAAGUCACACAGGAGAGAACCCAUAUUCAUGUUCAGAAUGUGGGAAAUGUUUUACAAAAACAUCAAAUCUUAUUCAGCAUAAGAGAAUUCACACAGGAGAGAAACCAUAUUCGUGUUCAGAAUGUGGGAAAUGUUUUACAAAGAGAUCAAAUCUUGUUGUACAUAAGAGAGGUCACACAGGAGAAAAGCCAUAUUCAUGUUCAGAAUGUGGGAAUUGUUUUACACAUAAAUCAUAUCUUAUUCAGCAUAAGAGAAGUCACACAGGAGAGAAACCAUAUUCAUGUUCAGAAUGUGGGAAAUGUUUUACAAAGAAACAAUAUCUUGUUACACAUGAAAGAAGUCACACAGGAGAGAAGCCAUAUUCCUGUUCAGAAUGUGGGAAAUGUUUUACAAAGAGACAAUAUCUUGUUACACAUGAAAGAAGUCACACAGGAGAGAAGCCAUAUUCCUGUUCAGAAUGUGGGAAAUGUUUUACAAAAACAUCAAAUCUUAUUCAGCAUAAGAGAAUUCACACAGGAGAGAAACCAUAUUCGUGUUCAGAAUGUGGGAAAUGUUUUACAGAUAAAUCAAAUCUUGUUAGACAUAGGACUAGUCACACAGGAGAGAAGCCAUAUUCAUGUUCAGAAUGUGGGAAAUGUUUUACACAAAAAACAGAUCUUGUUAUACAUGAGAGAAGUCACACAGGAGAGAACCCAUAUUCAUGUUCAGAAUGUGGGAAAUGUUUUUCAAAAACAUCAAAUCUUAUUCAGCAUAAGAGAAUUCACACAGGAGAGAAACCAUAUUCGUGUUCAGAAUGUGGGAAAUGUUUUACAGAUAAAUCAAAUCUUGUUAGACAUGGGACUAGUCACACAGGAGAGAAGCCAUAUUCAUGUUCAGAAUGUGGGAAAUGUUUUAGACAAAAAACUGAUCUUGUUACACAUGAGAGAAAUCACACAGGAGAGAAGCCAUAUUCAUGUUCAGAAUGUGGGAAAUGUUUUACAAAGAGAUCAUAUCUUGUUACACAUGAGAGAAGUCACACAGGAGAGAAGCCAUAUUCAUGUUCAGAAUGUGGGAAAUGUUUUACAAAGAGAUCAAAUCUUGUUACACAUGAGAGAAUUCACACAGGAGAGAAGCCAUAUUCAUGUUCAGAAUGUGGGAAAUGUUUUACAAAGAGAUCAAAUCUUGUUACACAUGAGAGAAUUCACACAGGAGAAAAGCCAUAUUCAUGUUCAGAAUGUGGGAAUUGUUUUACACAUAAAUCAUGUCUUGUUAGACAUCAGAGAAGUCACACAGGAGAGAAGCCAUUCUCCUGUUUAGAAUGUGGGAAAUGUUUUACAAAAACAUCAUAUCUUAUUCAACAUAAGAGAAUUCACACAGGAGAGAAGCCAUAUUCAUGUUCAGAAUGUGGGAAAUGUUUUACACAAAAAACAGAUCUUGUUAUACAUGAGAGAAGUCACACAGGAGAGAAGCCAUAUUCAUGUUCAGAAUGUGGGAAAUGUUUUACAAAGAGAUCACAUCUUGUUACACAUGAGAGAAGUCACACAGGAGAGAAGCCAUAUUCAUGUUCAGAAUGUGGGAAAUGUUUUACACAAAAAUCAGAUCUUGUUAGACAUGAUAGAUGUCACACAGGAGAGAAACCAUAUUCCUGUUCAGAAUGUGGGAAAUGUUUUACACAAAAAUCUGAUCUUGUUAGACAUGAGCGAAAUCACACAGGAGAGAAGCCAUAUUCAUGUUCAGAAUGUGGGAAAUGUUUUAGAGAUAACUCAAAUCUUGUUAGACAUAGGACUAGUCACACAGGAGAGAAGCCAUAUUCCUGUUCAGAAUGUGGGAAAUGUUUUACACAAAAAUCAGAUCUUGUUAGACAUGAGCGAAAUCACACAGGAGAGAAGCCAUACUCCUGUUUAGAAUGUGGGAAAUGUUUUACAAAAAAAUCAUGUCUUGUUAAACAUAAUAGAUGUCAUACAGGAGAAAAGCCGUAUUCGUGUUUAGAAUGUGGGAAAUGUUUUAAAGUUAAAUCAAGUCUUGUUCAACAUAAGAGAAUUCACACAGGAGAGAAACCAUAUUCGUGUUCAGAAUGUGGGAAAUGUUUUUCAGAUAAAUCAAAUCUUGUUAGACAUAGGAUUAGUCACACAGGAGAGACACCAUAUUCAUGUUCAGAAUGUGGGAAAUGUUUCACAGAUAAAUCAAAUCUUGUUAAACAUAAGAGAAUUCACACAUGAGAGAAGUCAUAUUCCUGUUCAGAAUGUGGGAACUGUUUUGCAUAUAAAUCACAUCUUAUUGAACAUUGGAAAAGUCACACAGGAGAGAAGCCAUUUUCAUGUACAGAAUGUGGGAAAUGUUUUACAAAGAGAUCAUAUCUGGUUACACAUGAGAGAAAUCACACAGGAGAGAAGCCAUAUUCAUGUUCAGAAUGUGGGAAAUGUUUUAGAGAUAACUCAAAUCUUGUUAGACAUAGGACUAGUCACACAGGAGAGAAGCCAUAUUCCUGUUCAGAAUGUGGGAAAUGUUUUACACAAAAAUCAGAUCUUGUUAGACAUGAGCGAAAUCACACAGGAGAGAAGCCAUACUCCUGUUUAGAAUGUGGGAAAUGUUUUACAAAAAAAUCAUGUCUUGUUAAACAUAAUAGAUGUCAUACAGGAGAAAAGCCGUAUUCGUGUUUAGAAUGUGGGAAAUGUUUUAAAGUUAAAUCAAGUCUUGUUCAACAUAAGAGAAUUCACACAGGAGAGAAACCAUAUUCGUGUUCAGAAUGUGGGAAAUGUUUUUCAGAUAAAUCAAAUCUUGUUAGACAUAGGAUUAGUCACACAGGAGAGACACCAUAUUCAUGUUCAGAAUGUGGGAAAUGUUUCACAGAUAAAUCAAAUCUUGUUAAACAUAAGAGAAUUCACACAGGAGAGAAGCCAUUUUCAUGUACAGAAUGUGGGAAAUGUUUUACAAAGAGAUCAUAUCUUGUUACACAUGAGAGAAAUCACACAGGAGAGAAGCCAUAUUCAUGUUCAGAAUGUGGAAAAUGUUUUAUAGAUAAGUCAAGUCUUGUUAUACAUGAUAGAACUCACACAAAAAAGAAACCAUAUUUGUGUUCAGAAUGUGGGAAAUGUUUUACAAAGAGAUCAAAUCUUGUUGUACAUGAGAGAAGUCACACAGGAGAGAAGCCAUAUUCAUGUUUAGAAUGUGAGAAAUGUUUUACACAUAAAUCAUGUCUUGUUAGACAUCAGAGAAGUCACACAGGGGAGAAGCCAUUUUGAUAUUUUUUUUAAUGUUUUGUAAGAAGGAACAAAAAUUCUUAAACUUAGCAGAUCA